AUGACAGCUUCCACUGUACAGAUAAAUGAAGUGCGUGCGGCCGUCGAUGCUGCUAUUGAUGAAUUGCAACAAUCGCUGCGAAAAAUAAACCACGAGAUCUGGUCUAAUCCGGAGCUGGCGUUUGAAGAGCAUCAUGCCCACGACACAAUCUGCUCAUUUCUGGAGAAUCAAGGUUUCGCAGUCACGCGGCACGCCUAUGGUCUGAAGACCUCUUUUGAAGCAUCCAGUGGAUCUGGUGGACGACUGAUCAAUUUCAACGCGGAAUACGACGCCUUACCAGGGAUUGGACAUGCCUGUGGGCAUAAUUUGAUCGCGACCAGCAGCAUCACUGCAUUCCUAGCCCUCUCUUUCGCGUUGAAGAAGUUUGGUAUUCCUGGACGCACUCGAUUGCUCGGCACCCCGGCGGAAGAGAAUGGGGGAGGCAAGGCGCUGCUUAUUGAUGCGGGUGCCUUCCAAAAUGUGGACAUAUGUCUCAUGGCACACUCCGGGCCCAAAAAGUUGUUCCCCGGUCAAGAGCCCGCGGACGGCAUCGCGGGUACUCUGAUGAACGCGCGAAAAAACAUUCAUUGCGAGUUCCAGGGGAAAGGUGCCCAUGCGGGGGGCAAUCCAUGGGAUGGUGUCAACGCCCUGGACGCCUUGGUCAUGUCUUACAACAACGUGGCGGUCCUACGCCAACAGCUCAUGCCAGAGCAACGAGUGCACUGUGCAUUUAUGGAUACUCCCAAAAUUGCCAAUGUGAUCCCAUCCUACACCAAAGCAUUCUGGCAGGUUCGAAGUCCUUCGCUCGGCAGCUUGAAUGCUCUCGUGGCCAGGGUGCGGCAUUGCAUCGAAGCGGGCGCGCUGGCAACGGGCUGUUCUGUUCAGAUCAACGAAGACGAACUGUAUACCGAUGUACGGCUGAACGACGUGCUCUGCGAGAGAUAUCAGGUCCAUAUGGACCACUACGGGCGGAAAGUGCUCAAACGGCACGACAAAGUUCUUACUGCCUCUUCUGAUAUUGGUAACGUGAGCUACGUCACUCCAACCUUGCACACAAUGUUUGGAAUCCCCACAGUCGACAAGGUCUUUCCGCAUCAUCCAGCAUACACCGAGUCGGCCGGCACCGAUGAAGCGCACACAGAAGCGUUGCUGGUCGGGAAAUCCCUCGCCCUGAUCGGAUGGGACAUGCUCACCAACGAUGCUCUCUUCGAGACGGCGUAUCGACAAUGGAAGGAAGAGAUCGAGCGCGAGGAUUAA